AUGGGUGACAAUACCACCAGUCUAGAAGGCUAUAAGAUUACGGAAAUGACAGGUAGCAAGUGGGACAACGACGACGCUACCUCGUCGCAUAUUAUGAACAAUACAGAGAGCCCAUUUCUGUUUGUCGAUAGCUUCGUGCCAAAGAACGACACAGCUACAAAAUGGCUCUUGUCCUGGCACAUCGAUUUCGUGGGGAAUUGCUCGGUGGGAACUCGAUCUCGAGAGAAUUGGAGUAGCGAUCCGAGCCAACAAAUCCAGUUUAACACAGCUCCUGGAGGAAAACUCUCGGAUAUCCUGACAGACGAUACUACCUGUUCUUCUUACUCCGCCUUAUUUGAGGUUCAAGACACAACUACAGACUUGUCCAAUGAUGUCUGCCUCGUUCUCUGUCCCGAAGACAAAUUUCCCACUGCGAAUCCAUGUGCGUUUAAGGUGGAUAAGGCUGUUGCGGCGAGCGUCGCGUCAGCGAUGAUGCAGUCCGCAGGCUGCACCAAGACCUUAGGACAAACUCCAACUGCCGUUUGGCCAAAUAUCACAGGCCCCUGCGUGAAGAGUGCUGCUGCUGGGAGAGUUGGCCGAGGAGCUACACUUUGCGAGAACCCAGAUAUCAGAGUCAAUAGCACCAAGGUUGCGCGGGGUCUGGCAAAACUCUCGGACGAUAUUGCUGUUAAAUAUGGAAGAAGCAUCACUGAUGAAGAGGUUGCAAAUCAGAACUUUGCAUAUGAAUAUUCUCUCACGAGUGAAAUAAAAGUUCCGAAGAUUCAUCGAUUUUUCAGAAUUGGCUAUAAGGCCUACAUUGUGAUGGAUUUCAUCGAAGGGGUGACGCUAGACGAGAUUAAUUGCCGUGAGCAUCCGGGGCUCAUAGAUCGCUUGGCUCUGGCCAUACAUGGCCUCUUCUCUCAAAUACCCUGUGGCCCACCUGGUCCCACAAACGGCGGAAUCCCUCGAGGUUAUCUCUUUUCGGAAGAUGGCGCGCUCACAACUUUCAACACGAUUCCAAAACUCAAUAAGUGGAUGAAUAAGCGCCUCCGGGCUAAGGAUGGCGAGCCCGGGUUUGAUUUCACGGCAUCUGAGUGCGUGUUCUAUCACCAAGACCUUGCCCGUCGAAAUAUCAUUUUGCGUCCGGAUGGUUCGUUUUGCCUUAUCGACUGGGAACAUGCGGGCUUUUACCCUCGUAUCUGCGCGGCUUAUUGUCUCCAAUUUGUUAGAAUAUUUGAUUGGGAAUUCGCCAAUGAUCUCUUAGAGGCGUUGGAGAAACUCUGGCCAAAAACUGAGAAUCGAGAUGAGUUGCUCAAGAUGCUAAAUCGAGUGUAUCAAAACAAUUUGAGGUAUUCAUACUUCCCAUCAGACCAUCCCGCUAGGUUCGAAAAUUUCUGCAAGAACAACGGGAUCGCCAUCCCAUCCACAGGAAAAGCCACAGAAAUUUACCCUUAUCCGCCACCCGAUUUCCCAUCGCCUCCUUCUUCUCCCCUUGAAUGA